UGAUGGUUGAUUUUCCAAAUACCAAGAAGCUUUAGCCUGACAAACAAGCUAACUUAAGUUAGUGAAGUCGACCGUACGUUAUCGUCAAAAAGAACAAAUAUUUGUCUUAAAUUUCUUGAAAACAAAGCUGUACUUGGGGCGUUUUCAAGAUAAAUCAAGUAGUAUUUGACGGUGCAAUACUUUUAAUGCUGUUAGUUAAUGUCAGGAGUUGCUAGCCAAACGUUGGAAUACCUAAUCCUUCCUGUUUUUGUUUGCUGCGUAAUCGGGGAAUAUUUGUGAAAGUCGUUAUACUGGUUUAAUAAAAGUUGAUAGCUAACUUUUGUUCACGUCGACAUGUAACACAACUGCGAUAAGGGUAAAUUCAAGUUUUGAUGGUGUCGAUGUUCGUAGGAUACCAAGUUGUUUGCAACUGUCAAUAAGCCACAAUGGUGACCUUUGGUGUACAGUGCACGGGAACCCGGCUGAGUGCUCUUAUUUUGGCUGUAUGCUACAUAAUGAUUUCUUCACCCACACAUGCCUACAUCUAUGCCCAUAACAGCAAUAUGUCCACUAUGAUGUUUGAAGACCUUCCUGCCUCUUUUGGAUCCUCACUUCCUACUGAUGGACUAAUGGGGUGUUUGGUGUCAUCCAAUCCACCAAAUGGCUGCACAGCAAUAGACCCUCCUCCAGCAUUGCCUCCAUCUGUUGAUCCCAACGCAACCAAAUUUAUAGUUCUCAUCCAACGCAAUGAUUGCUUCUUUGAUGUGAAGGUGCUGCACGCACAACAAGCUGGAUACAGUGCUGCGAUCGUUCACAACAUGUACUCAGACAUUUUGCUCCGUAUGAGCUACAACAAUGAAACACUUUCAAAAGAGAUUCAGAUCCCAUCAGUGUUCACAAGUUACUAUGCCUCCCGAAUUCUCAGAAACUACAUCAUUAGAGAAGAAGGGGCCUAUGUCAUUCUCAAGCCAGAGUCUGAAUUUUCACUCUCACUCUACCUUAUUCCCUUUAUUGGAGUAGUUGGCAUGAUCAUUGUGGUGAUGUUUGUCAUUGUGAUUGUACGUUGUGUACAGUACAGAAAAAGACUGAGGAAAAAUCGCUUAACAAAGGGACAACUGAAACGCAUUCCCAUCCACAAGUUCAAUAAAGGGGAUGACUAUGAUGUAUGUGCAAUCUGUCUGGAUGAGUACGAAGAGGGAGACAAGCUGAGAGUAUUACCUUGUUCACAUGCUUACCACUGCAAGUGUGUAGACCCCUGGCUUACGAAGACAAAGAAGACAUGUCCUGUGUGCAAACAGCGGGUUAUGCGGCCCAACCCGGAGCAACCAGAGUCUGAAUCCGAGGAGGAAACUGGAGGACAUGGCGAGGGAUCGGAUGGUGAAGCUGACACAGAACGCACUCCGCUGCUUCGGCCUUCUAAUCCAGGAACGCCCUCUGGCAGCCCAGUGGCUUAUUCAGCCACUGCCUUGACCGUCGCUCAGUGCCUCAACUCCCCUUCCCGCUGCGAAUCGCCCCUACUGGGCUAUGAAGGCUACUAUUCCCCCCAGGAAGACACAGACUCAGAAAGCUUGGACACGAGGGAGGACCUACACCACACUGAUGAUGACACUGCUGAGCUCAUGGGUAGAGAUUGAGAGAUGGUGACAGGGAGGCCAGUUAGCAUCUUUGUGGACUAUGGGGAGUAUGUGGAGAGGGUUUCCAGCUUCAAGCUCCUGGGUGUGCAGGUAGAUGUAGACCUUCAAUGGAGAUCCAACACCUUGGCGGUCAUGAAGAGGGCCCAACAACGGCUCCACUGUCUGAGGAUCCUCAGGAGGACCAACUUAAAGAGGGAGCUACUGUUUUCCACCGCUGCUCCACUGAGAGUGUGCUGA